GCAUGAUGUAUCGGGCCUCCCCGAUGGCACCUACAAAGUCUUGGUCUCGGCCAAUGGGACAGUCGACUGGGAUACUGUCUCCAAUUCAGACGGCGCGUCAUUCAAGGCAUUCCAUCUCCCCGCGUUAAUGAAAUAUCCUCUGUCACGCGUCCGCCGCACUGCAAGCAGUCGCGACCAUGAGAACAAUCACACCGACGAGGACGACGACGACGACGAGAACAUAGCCGGUAUCGGUGAACGCCCCCCUAGCCACAUAGCGCCGGGUGCCCACUGCCACCACCAUUUCCCAAUCCACAAAACCUCUUUCCUCCCAGGCCUGCUCAAGAUCAACAAGAACAGCGAACCGCAGUGCCUCGCCUAUUUCAUGGACUGGAUAUCGCAGGGAAUUGAGAGCGGCUGGAUCCACAAACGUGAAUUGAGGUUCUCCAAGUUUGAAGACCUCAUCAUCGGCGCAUGCAUCUUCAAACAUCACAAGAAGAGGCUUUGUGUGCACGAGAUCGCCACUUCCAUGCGUGCGGCCAACAGCGAGUGCGCCGGCGGGAGAAUCGGCUGUCACGUCUGCGUGGGAAACUGGGGGAAGGAUUACUUCCGCUUCGACGCCCGAGAAGCCCCUAAUCAGUGCGAAUGUGCCUGGUAUUACUAGCGAGUAACAGAGCAUUCAAACAUGAUAUCGAUUGUUAUAUCUCAGCUAUUAUAGGGGUUCUGUUUGGAGGGGUGCCUAUGGUUUGGACAACCCAGCGAGCUUCAGUGAAUUGAGGGUCACUGUGUCAUCUUUCUUGAAACAUCAAGUUAUUUUUUAUAUGGCAAUUGAUAUUGCGAUUGUACAAGAUACCUCCCAAUGAAUUUACUGUUCCACAAGGAUGGUUCCUAAAGAUAUUAGUUGCUGUUGGUGGGUAGACUAUGGCGCAUGGCACGAUGUCCGUCCUUGUAAGUAUAUAAUAUCUAAUUAUGCCAGACACUCUUCAAAGCAGGAUUUCAUUCCACUUACUUCUGGUUAUUGAAUCAGAGACUUGACGAAAUACUCGAUAUUCUUUCUUUUUCCUAUCUAAAUCAUCAUUAAGCGGAUGAAUAUUGAAGCCAUGUAAGGAUAAAAGUGGUGAUGGGAUAGGGGCCUAAUAUCGAACGUCAGACCGCCAGGAAGACACCUACGCCCUACUUGAUGCUAGGUACUAGUUCGUGAGUACUGUGACG